AUGGAGGCGUUGAGGUAUUACCGCUGGUUCAUUGUCGUCUUCAUACUGCUGUUUUUCGUGUUAAUACCUGGUAUUGUUGUUGGACUGACAUUACUCCCAGAUUACGUCAUCAUAAUAUUCAUCUUCGUCGUGCUGAUUGUUAUAAUCACAGCUAUGCAGAAACAUUUCCCCGGAGCAUUACCGUCCUUCCUUCGCUCAUGGGAUUGGGUUCCGAUAUAUCUGCGUUCCCUCGAACCGUAUGAUCCCAUGAUGACGGCAUUCUUCACGGCGAUUCCAUUUGUAGGAGGAUUUUUCAAACGUUCAAAAGUUAUCAAUCAUAUUGAUAAUGGCGACUCCGUCUAUACGAUGAUCAAGCUCAGCAAACACACUCAGGUCUAA